UACUGGGCCCCGGCUGUGGCCGGCGUGGCUCGUGGGCGGCGGCAUGGACAACCUCUUCGUGGAGGAGGUGGCCGCCUCGCUGGUCAGGGAGUUCCUCAGCAGGAAGGGCUUAAAGAAGACAUGUGUGACCAUGGACCAGGAACGCCCACGCUCUGAUCUCAGCAUAAACAGCAGAAACGAUCUCCGUAAAGUUUUGCAUCUCGAAUUUCUCUACAGGGAGAACAAGGCAAAGGAAAAUCCUCUAAAAACAAAUCUUGAACUCAUUACCAGAUACUUUUUGGAUUACAUUGGAAAUAUGGAUAACAAUUUAACUCAAGAAACCUCAAUCCCUGCCCUCUCAGUUCCAAAGAAAAAUAACAGAUUUCCAUUGAGAUGCUCAGAGACAAAGCUGGUAGAUAUAUAUGACCUUUCAGAUGAAGAUGCAGGAUGGAGAAUAUUGCUGUCAGAAGCAAGCAAAGCCAGACAUGACAAUCUUGAUGGGGACAUGCUUGAUAAUUUUGUAUCGUCUAAAAGGCCUCUGCACAAAAGCAAGCCCUUGCCUACCAGCCCUAGUGAAAGCCCAGCUUUGGCAUCCAUGUGGGAGAAGAUGGAUCAGCUUCCCUUGUCGGAGCCUUCCAUGGAUGGAAAGAAGCCAGUGGACAAGACCAGGCCAAAGUCCGGCCUGAUUGUCCGUGGCAUGAUGGCUGGACCCACCGCCAGCUCUCCACAGGACUCUUUCUGCAAACGCUCUCUGAGGUGGUCCCCGGCCUCAAACAGCAAGACCCAAACCCCACAGGAGGAAAGGCCGAAGGUACCUGAGCUCUUGACCCGUGCCCCAGCCUGUCCAGGCCCACAGGAAGUCCUGGCUUCCAGCAGCAGGUCCAUCUCCAGGAGCUCCAUGAGCCAGGGGGGUGAACCAACUAUGGAGAAGCGGAAAACCUCUCCCAGCAGCCGAGGGCAGCCCCAGUGGGACAGGCCCAGACCUAGGGGUCUUUCAGAGGACAGCCCAGCAGGGGAUGGCCCCACAGAGGACAUCAGGAAGUUGUACUUGCCUGGUGGGAAUUCCAGGACCACACAGGAACGACUGGAAAGAGCCUUCAAGCGGCAGGGCAGCCAGCCCCUGUCUCUCAGCUCCCCUUGA